AUGGGGCUGCCUGGAGGCAAUCCGCGAAUGCCCCCUCCUGGCGACAGAUCAUACCAGCCCUAUGGAGGCGCACCGCAGCAGGGAGGAUACGGCGGCGCACCGCAAGGCGGGUAUGGUGGCCCUCAGGGUGCCGGACAGCGAUACCAUGAGAAGCCGUCCGGAGGCAGCGGGCGGGCGGUCCAGCUGCAGGUUGAGAAGGUUGCGGACAAGACCCUGCAGUCAAGACUGAUCUAUGGAAACACUUGUGCUGUUUCACCCGAAGACUUCCCUCCUCGACCCGACGGCACAGACUACUACAUCCUCCUCCGAGCCGGUCAGCCACCUGGGGAGUACGUCGUCACUGCGACGCCCGUUCCUGGAUUUCCCCGGGGCUGCAUCAGCUUGUCCGACCCCCAACGCACAUGGUGUGGUGUCGCUAUGAGAGACACCUUCACCGGAGAGGUCUAUGAUCCUUUUGCGUCUGGAGGCAAGGCAUACCUGGGCUCUUUGGAUCUCGAGAUUGGCUUCGCUUCACCAACGAAGAGAACCGAGGCGCCUUACGACGAAGACGAGCUGUCCAAACUCUUCAUCAACAACUUCCAGAACCAGAUCCUCGCUCCUGGGCAGAGGAUCCUCAUGGACGUGCGGAACAUACCGCUUUUGAUUGUCGUCAAGACCGUUGGGCUGGUCGAUCUGUCCAUAGCGGAUGAUGGAGGCAAACAAAUACAUAGGGAAUCUCACGCCAGGGGUAUUCUCACGAACCAGACCCGCAUUCUGUUUCACCGCGACGGCAAAGGAGAUUUCAACCUCAAGCCCUCGGCUACGAAGCCCAACUCCAACGCAAUCCUGGCGCCCGAUUUCAAGUUUGAAGACAUGGGUAUCGGUGGCCUGGGAGACGAGUUCUCGACAAUUUUCCGCCGUGCGUUUGCGUCCCGCGUGUUCCCCCCGGGCCUGGUGGCCAAGAUGGGUAUUCCGCACGUCAAGGGAAUGCUUCUUUACGGUCCUCCUGGAACGGGAAAGACAUUGAUUGCGAGACAGAUUGGUAAGAUGCUCAACGCCAGGCCGCCAAAGGUAAUCAACGGUCCGGAGGUGUUGAACAAGUAUGUCGGCCAGUCUGAAGAGAACAUCCGCAAACUCUUUGCGGAUGCUGAAAAAGAGUACAAGGAGAAGGGAGACGAGAGCAGCCUUCACAUUAUCAUCUUUGACGAACUGGAUGCGGUCUGUAAGCAGCGUGGAUCUGGCGCUGGCGGCGGCACUGGCGUCGGCGACAGCGUCGUCAACCAGCUUCUGUCCAAGCUGGAUGGUGUCGACCAACUCAACAAUAUCCUCCUCAUUGGAAUGACGAACCGAAAAGACAUGAUUGACGAUGCCCUUUUGCGACCCGGCCGUCUGGAAGUCCACCUCGAAAUCUCCCUCCCAGACGAGGACGGACGACUGGAGAUUCUCAAGAUUCACACAUCCAAGAUGAGCAGCAACGGUCUCUUGGACCCAAGCGUGGACCUUGCCGAACUGGCCGGGCUCACCAAGAACUUUUCAGGAGCUGAAAUCAACGGUCUUGUUAAGGCAGCGGCUUCCUUUGCCUUCUCGCGCCAUACAGAAGUAGGACAGCUGGCUGCAGUCAAGCAAGACGUGGCGAGCAUGAGAGUUAACCGGGAUGACUUCAUGAACGCGCUGACUGAAGUCCGUCCUGCCUACGGAGUGUCCGAGGCCGAACUGGAAGACGCCGUCCGAUUGGGCAUCAUCCCCUAUGGUCCUCACAUUGAUGCCACCGUGCAGGAGAUGAUGCGUGUCGUGGGCAUGAUCAGGGAGGACCCCAACAAGUUCAGCACAUCUGUGCUGUUCCACGGCCCCAAAUCUUCCGGAAAGACUGCCCUGGCGGCGCAUAUUGCCGUGCAGUCUGGAUUCCCAUUCGUCAAGCUGGUGACUCCGGCCGACCUUGUGGGCUACCGGGACGAAUUUGCCAAGAAGGACUACGUCCACAAGGCCUUUGCGGACGCCUACAAAUCACCGGCCAGUGUCCUGAUCCUCGACGACUUUGAGCGAUUGAUUGGCUGGAACCCGAUUGGCCCGCGAUUCUCCAACGUCAUGCUGGAGGCCCUCACUACGCUGAUUGUCUCAAAGCCUCCCAAGGGACAUCGUCUCCUUAUCUUUGUGACUACGUCAAAGGCGUCUACGCUCAAGCUGCUCGAGGUUGAGCAAGACUUUGCCAAAAAGGUAGCUGUGCCGGCCAUUUCAAAUCUGCGUGAGCUUGCCAUUGUGCUCCACGAGUCGAGGGUUCUCAAUUCAGAAGAUGUCAACCAAACGAUCAGAGCGAUUCAGGAACGUACAGGGACGGAGUCGGUGGCCGUAGGAGUCAAAUCCAUUCUGGACUGCAUCUUUGAAGCUAGAGCGGGCGGUCCCAACAGCAACGUGGUGGAAACGUUGACGGACCUCAUUGUUGAGAAGAUCAACGAGGUACAUCUAUAG